AUGUCGCCGCGUUACUCUUUCCAGGAAGACGAAGUAGAAGACCUCAUAGGUGAAGUAAAAUACACAGACUCACAAAAGAGUGUAGCCACAAUAUCAUCGAACCAAUAUUCCACUGACUUCACCGACACAAGCAGCAAAGGUUCAGACAAAAACCACUCCUCCGGCAAAGAGACUUACGUCUUAGAAUGGGAUAGCGAUAGUGAGAAGACAUUCCCUCUGCACGACUGUUUGAGCACUGUUACUGAAAAAAAAGAAGAAUGUCCUUCAAUAACUGUUCAAUGUGGACCCAGUCUGACGAACACUAAGGUAGCAUCAACCAGCUUCCAAUCCUGCGCCAUAGUAGCCCAAGAGAUAUACACGCAAACAAGCAAAACCAUCAUCGAGCUAGCUGAAUCUGAAGGCACAAUGAAAAAACCCGAGAACAGCAACACACUAGAAACGCAAACAUCAUUCAUUUCAAUAACUGAAAAUAAAACAGUAGAAUAUAGAAUAGAAGUAUCCAGUGCUCGUGAAUACUACACCAAAAGCGAUAUAAUUGUAGACGCCAACGAUUUCUUGCGAGAGAGGCCGCUCCAAUAUUACAAUGUCACUUGCAAACAGAUUAUGUCCAGUUCUAUGGACGAAGAAUCUUCAAAGUUCCCUAAAUCUGAAACUGAAAACGAAGCGACGGAAGAAGACAACAGAAGCGUAAGCAGUACAAGUGACCAAGUGAUACGCAUUAUUAAUGACGAGUCUAAAGAAACCAUAUUUAGUGAAAAUCAAGAUGAUGAGCAAAAUGUAAUAAACUUGGAAAACACAAGCCAAUUUGAUGAUGAAUCUAUACCUGGGUCUGAUAUGGAUGAGGAUUCUUUAAUGGGCGAAGACCAACCUAAGGCACCGAAUAAGGACGUUAGAGAUUUGCACAACAAGUUGUCUGAAAAUAUAGAUGUGUGUAUGCCUGAGCGAUAUGAUGAACCUGAUAUUAGACGAUUCGGGACGCUAACGCCUUUGACUGAAGAAUCGAAUAUAAAGAAAGAUAGUUUGAUGGAUAUAACGCCUACACUUAGCAACAUAGUCGACGACAGUAGGAUCUCAGAAGAAGUACUGUUUACGAGUAACGCAGGGAUGAAGGUGAAGCUUUUAAAGGAUGACAGUCCAAAGGAAUCAUUCAAAUUACCACCAAUUCAGAACCAUUCCUGCCCAAACAGUCCACACUUGAACUCUCUGUUUAACAAACCGAAGUUGAACAAGGCAGGAACGCUGCCCAGCCUGUAUGAACGACCAAGUUUGCAAGAUAGGUGGGAAAUGGCGAACAAAGACCUCGCUUCUGGGGAAAGUCCACUUAUUAGCGGAAGAGGUGUAUCUCCAAGAAAGCCAAUGCAGUUACCCCCACUCCACGCAGAGGGCCACACUCAAGUGAGUACAAUGGAGGAGCGAGGGUGUUCCCCCACGCGACCCGGGGACGCCCCCAGCGAGGGACACGAGCCCAUCUGCAUCAAGGAGAAGAUUAAAGAACUCAAGAUGAGCACCAAGAAAGUGUGGUCUAACAAACGAGCUACAUCCCCACCGCCCAGAAAAACAGAGAGCCGAAGCUGUUCCCCGGUGAGCGCGUGCACACCAGAUGAGGCGCGCCUGUGCGACAUCGCCGACCGCGGCUGCGAGGCGCUUUGUGGCGAGCUGUUGAGGAGACUGCGCUCCAGUUCUUGGUUCGAAGUGAUAGAGACACUAGAAGACGUUCCGAAAGUCUUGGAAAAGUUCUGGAAUGCUAUCACUGAGCAGCGAAUCGCGGAUCUCGUGAGAGUGGCGACGUCGUUGGUGGAGUCUCCACGGCCGCAGGUGGCGCGUGCCGCGUGCUCCACUGUCGCGGCCAUCUUGCGAAACACUAACUACACCAAGAAACCGGACUUCUACGAAGCGAUGACAAGCUUGCUAACAAAGACAGGCAGCUACAGUCGGCCGGUGCGGCGCGCUGCCAACGUAGCACUGGACGACAUAGUGUGCGGCGUCGAGCUUACCCACGCCGUCUCCGCGCUUUGCGUUCAUGGGGUUGGUCAUAAGAACGCGCUGGUCCGCUGUGCGUCUGCGCGUCUUCUGGUGGUGUGCUGCGCACUGGCGGGCGGCGGGCGCGACCUGUUGCGUGCGCGGCCCCCCACGGCCGCCACGGCGCGACGGCACACGCUGCGCGCGCUGUCCGCUUUGCUGGACGACAAGAGCACUGACACCAGGAAAUACGCCGAGCGCCUCUACUCAAUGCUACGUCCGCUGUCAAACUUCGAGGCAUACUACUUGACAGACGUGGAGGUGGAGCAAGCCUCUAAACAGAUGAAGAAAUACGACCAGCAGCUCAACUGCGGAGCGGCGAAGGAAGUCAGGUGAUGCGAUCAUGCCAAAUUGUGAGUCCUCAUUAUGUAC